GAACUUCUAGGGCUUGAUGUGCUUCACAAAUUCAUGUGGGUACGUCUCAUAGCUCGAAUGUUCGAGGCUAUGGCAGGUAACUUCGCUUACUCUGGUGACAUCCAUCUUUUCCUGAAUGUGCUCAAUGGAGCAGUUAUCCUUCACAGUGAAGAUGCAUGUAUUCUACGAUAUGUCAUGGCUACCUACAUUAAUGCAGCCCAUAACUUCAAAAAUAUAUUUUCAACUAAUGGCUAUUUUCUUAUCAUUCCUACUCUGCUUCAACUGUAUGCGAGCCACCAGACAAACAAGCUGGUCACCAGGACUGUGGAGUAUGUUGUCAAGCAAUUUUAUUUGAUGAAUCGAAAACCCUUCAUCCUCCAGAUGUUUCGGUAG